CUAUUCAGAAUCCUGGUCAAGAGAUGUUGAAAGUCUUGGAGGACACCUCCUACAGUUUGGAGGAUCUAAAAAAUCAAGAGGCACAUCUACCACCAGAGGACAGUGAUGCGUGGUUAGACAUCUCACCUCAGGAGCUGGAGAGACUGCUUGAGGAGAGAGGAGGUCGAGGGGUGAGCGAUGGCACUCGCAAAACAGCACCUGAUGAGGAGGUUCAGGAGGAAGAAGCUGGCUACAGUCUGAUAGCUGUAACGCAAGGCAUGAAGAACUUCAUCAAUGCCAUGUCCUCUCAUGAAGGAGCUGAAAUACCCAGAUCUUGCCUGGCUGAGCCCUUCAGUUUUGAUCCAGAUGCAGUAACCAGUGCACUAGAUGGACUGCUAGGAAGUAAGGAUGAUGAGUUAGACUCUGACGACUUUGAGGAUGAUGAUGAAGAGGACGACAAUGAUGUCGACGAGGAUGAAGAAGUGCAGAAUGGCGAGCCUCGGGAGCAGGCAGGUGCAGAGGCACUGGACAAUCUGAGGAAAUACAUGGAUGAAAUGGACCAGGAACUGCAAAGCACAAAUAUUGGCAGAAGUUUUACACAGAAUAACAGAACCAGUAAUACAGCAGAUGCAUCUGAAAGCUCAUUGGCCGACGCAGGGUCAGAGCUUGUUGAGGAAGAAAUCCAGCCUCUUGAUGUGGAUCUCAACCUGGUUUCAAAUUUACUGGAGUCUCUCGCUUCUCAGGCAGGCCUUGCUGGGCCUGCAUCUAACCUACUGCAGAGUCUUGGAAUCCACAUCCCACCUGAUGCAGAUCAGUCCUGAUAUGUCAAACUGAAGUGGGAAAAAUCAGCUCACAGACUUAUCACGCACUCAGCAUUCCUUCACCUAGUGCACAUCAGCAGUUCCUCUAUCAGAUGGCUAUAUUUAUGGUGUUCUGCUCCACACCCAGUACUGAAUUGUGAAUUAUUACAUCCCAGCAUUGGUGUUUCCUUUAACUCAGAGCACUUCCAUAAAAAACCUAACUGGGAAUUUCUUCUUUAAGAAAUUGUUUAUCAUGUUGUUCUCAAUGCAAUAUUACAUUAUCUUUUUGAAUAAAAGUAUUUUUCUGAGGUGUUUCGUU